AUGCGGACGGCUUUCGCAUGGGCAGUCCUCAGUGCAUGUGCUUGGCUGGCUGAGGGAACAGGGUCAGGGAGCAGGCUUGCUGAAACACAGCAUGGCCAGGUUGUGAAAUUUGUGGAACCGGACGCAUGCGCCGCAUCGCCUUGUUGCAGCUCUUUUGUGCAAAGGGCUGAGGGCCAGGAGACGCUCUCAAGCGGAGCAUGGUACUUCUCCCACAGUGGCAGUGAAGAGGCAGUGCAGGCGAUUGUGCCGCCGGAGACGGUUUUAGCUUCUGCCCCCGCGAUUGUACAUGGAUGGUGCAUGAAGUGGCGAGAGACGGCCACCGGCACGGAGCCAUAUUUGGAUCAGGUGAGCUUGGAAAGGACCUGCGCUCAUGGAACGGCAUACAUGUUGAGCGAGCCAGGUGCACAGCUCUAUGAGAAAUUCUGGACCGGCCCCGCGCAACCACUAGCUUAUCCCCAGAGUCUGAGCUUGACGACUUCAUCUGGCCAGAUUCUGAAGGCGACUGUGUUAGUGCCAAAACUGCCGCUGACACAGGAAGCGCCGCAGUACUUCUCUUCAAUUUGGUUUGAAGCUUGCGAAGAGCAGGACCCUAGCGCGAUGAGUAGCUAG